UUUUGUCUUACUUCGUUUCGAGUCACGACAGUUGCAGCAGCAUCGCCGGCGAUGUCAAUGUCCAAUCAUGAGCACUCCCGCCUUUUUAAAUCUCUCGGAGUCCGCCAACGACAGAUUUUCCAGCUUUCUUUUCAUUUUAUUUUUUUCAUUUCACUGAUUUGACCUUCCAGCCGUCGCUCUCUCCAGUCUCCGCCAUCCAUGGCAGCAACCGGAGCCUGCCUAUUCCCUUCAGCCGGCUUCUCUCAUGCUCUCCGUCGCCGGGGCCAAGCUUCAGCCGUGGCAAGCUCCGAUCAGAAUCCCAAACUCAGCUCAUCGUUGACUAGCAGGUUCGCCGCUUCGAAGGAGCAAGCAUCCUCCGCAUUGACUGGAACUACCAUUCCUUCGUCGAGGCCGGUUAGCUUCGGAGAACAUGGGAGGCGCUACGCGAAGAACGCGAGCGACCAGAGCUCGUCGACGCCGUUCAUGGAGGACGUGGAACUGGAGAGCGGACGCGAGAAGUUGAGGAAGUUCUUUGAUGAGGCGAAGGAUCUGGCCAGGUCGGACGGUGGACCGCCUCGCUGGUUCUCUCCUCUGGAGUGCGGCUCUCGCUUGGAGAAGUCGCCUCUGCUUCUCUAUUUACCUGGAAUCGACGGCACCGGAGCUGGGCUUACUUCACAUCACAAGAAGCUCGGAAAGAUGUUUGACAUUUGGUGCUUGCACAUCCCAGUCAUGGAUAGAACAUCAUUUCCAGAGCUGGUGAAAAUGGUUGAGAGAACAAUAAAAUCGGAGAACUACCGCUCCCCAAAUAGACCUAUAUAUCUUGUUGGAGAAUCACUGGGAGGAUGCCUUGCAUUAGCUGUUGCAGCACGCAACCCGGACACUGAUCUUGUAUUAAUCUUGGCCAACCCAGCGACGUCUUUUGACAAAUCGCAAACACAAGCUCUAUUACCUUUCCUGGAUUUAAUGCCAGAACAAUUGCAGCUAAGCUAUCCUUUCAUCCUGAGUUUGAUGGCAGGUGAUCCUUCGAGGAGGUUCAAGGCUAGCACAGAAAAAGGGCUUACUCCACAGCAAGCAGUUGGAGCGCUAUCAAAGGACUUACUGACCAUGUCAUCUUACAUCUCUGUUCUUGCUGAUAUUCUCCCUAUAGAAACACUUCAGUGGAAGCUUCAGAUGCUUAAAUCGGCUUCGGCAUAUCCAAAUUCACGCAUUCAUGCUGUCAAGGCACAGACUCUACUUCUUACAAGUGGGAAGGAUUGGUUAUUGCCAAGUCAAGCAGAAGGUGCUAGACUAAAGGAUGCACUGCAGAGAAGCCAUAUCCGGAAGUUUGACGACUGCGGUCAUUUUCUUUUCUUGGAAGAUGGUUUUGAUUUGCUCACGGUAAUUAAAUGCGUUGGUUUAUACCGUCGUGGAAAAGUUCUCGACUAUGUUUCAGACUACUUGCCACCAACCCAUGCUGAAUUUAAGAAUGUAAAUGAAUCAAACAGAUGGUUUGUUGAGAUAACUGCACCAGUGAUGCUGUCAACUUUAGAGGAUGGGAGGAUAGUUAGAGGUCUGGAUGGAAUUCCAUCAGAUGGGCCAGUUCUAUUCGUCGGCUAUCACAUGUUAUUGGGGCUUGAACUAGUUCCUUUGGUUACCCAACUCAUGAACGACAGGAACAUACUUGCACGAGGGAUAGCACAUCCUAUGCUUUUUGAGAAAUACACAAAAAGACAAGGACAAACGCUCGAACCUGAGUUCUAUGACACUUUUCGAAUGAUGGGUGCAGUACCUGUAUCAGGGACCAAUUUAUUCAAGCUUCUUUCGUCAAAAUCUCAUGUCUUACUCUAUCCAGGAGGCAUGCGUGAAGCACUUCAUCAUAAGGGUGAAGAGUACAAGCUAUUUUGGCCGGAACAAUCUGAGUUUGUGAGGAUGGCAGUUAAAUUUGGAGCCAAAAUAGUGCCUUUUGGUACCGUUGGAGAAGAUGACUUUGGUGAGGUCUUUUUUGAUUAUGAUGACCAAAUGAAGAUCCCAUACUUCAGGAACUGGAUACAACGAUUGACGGAAGAAAAUGGAAAAGUGAGGUCUAAUGCAGCUGGAGAGGUAGCCAAUCAAGAUGUCCACCUUCCUUGGAUUUGGCCAAAAGUUCCUGGCCGAUUCUAUUUUUGUUUCGGAAAACCAAUAGAAACAGCAGGGAGGAAGUGGGAACUGAAAGACCGGGAAAAAUGUCAUGAACUGUAUCUACAAGUCAAAUCAGAGGUGGAGAGCUGCAUGGCGUACCUAAGAGAGAAAAGAGAGAGCGAUCCUUACAGGAGCAUCUUCUCCAGAUUGAUGUAUCAGGCCACACAUAAUUCUGCAUAUGAAAUUCCAACCUUUGAACUGUGACAGAAUCUCGUCUGAGAUAGACUACAUUUGCAAGUAUUCACUCCCAAAUAGCACAAGCCACAACUUUUACUGUAAAGUUCUGGACUUGCCGACUGGGGAAAUACGUAUGGACUGGGCUUCUCUGCUUAACUUUUCAAGCUCCGACUAGAUUUGUUCCUCAGUUUUCUUUCUAAUUUCUAAUCAUGUGGUCUUUCAGAAGUAGAGAAGAUUUUUCCCUUCAGAACUGGUGAAUGUAGUAAUGGACGGGCUUCUGUAUUGCUGAAGGGCAUCAGGUGGUUUACUUUGGC